CUACUGGACCUUCUUACUAAUAGUGGAAAGUGAAAAUCGCGGAAUAUUGUAGAAAUUUUAUAUAAAACAUCUUAAAUUGUUUGAUUAGAGCGCGCUGAAAUGACGGACGCGUUUUCCUAUCAACGCACCGUACAGAGUUUGGCUCGCGUAUUGGCGCGUAUAGAGCCAACACCGUGGGACAAGGUGCAAUCGCUUUUCCGCUAUUGUCCACAAGAAAAUGCCGCUGGCGUUUUUUGUCUCGAUGCUAAAGCGCAAGAUGCGGUCAUUGCGUUGGGUAUUUAUUUCCUAGAAAGUGGGUGUCAGCAUGAGCAGCGCAUUGUACCAUAUUUACUACGUCUGGCGAAGUGCUUGCCAAAAGCAGUUUGGGUAGAUGAUGCAAAGUGGAGCAAAAUCGAUCGUAUACCAUCGGCAGAAAAGUUCAGCUUUUGUUUGAAUACUUUACUUUCCGAUAUAGCUUCAAAAUGCCCCGAUCUACGCGAAGAGAUCAUACUCAAUCAAGUGGAGACACUUAGUGCUUUGGCAAAUAUUAUCAAAUCUAGUAAGGAUAGCAGCUCUGCGCCACCACCCAUAAUACUAUGCAAAGCAACUGUACCAUUACUAUUUGGUUUGGCGCGUUCUAUGGGCCGAUAUGCAAGCCAAGAUCCGUCUUUAUUGUGUCGCAUAUAUCCACGUGAAGAAAUGCCGGUGGUUAAACAGAACAUGCGUGAUGGUGGCAGUUUCAGCUCCAGCGAACGCAUUGCUUGCUUCUCACAAUUUCGCCCUAUCAUACCACGUUCCAUGUCUGGUAGCUUGAGUCAAGACUCCAACGAGCUGCGCAUGCGUCAAUUGCAAAUGAUUAAUGGAAUUAAGCAACGACCACAUUUACAAACGUAUUUCUCUGUGCCAUAUGAUCCGCGCACUCAUUUCUUCACCAAGACCGGUUCCAGUUUUAAUCAAUUCCCCAAUAUGCGCGCCUGUGAGACGCCAAUUAAAACUAAGAAGUCACUCACUGUGCCACCAUUUCCCAUUCAGCAUCUACAGACCAUCUUCGCAGUAGCCAAGAAAUUACUCACCAAAGAGACACUGGAGCACUUGGAUGAGCAGGCGAGCGAUAUAUUUGCUCUGCAUCAAAUAAAGGGCUAUUGCUACAAAAGCUUUUCGGAGACGCUGAAUUUGGUAUUAGUGACGCUGCUACGUGAACUUUUACAACACCAAAUCGAUUUGCCAACACCAUUUACGAAGGACGUGCAGGAAUUUGUGAAACGUCUAUUUUUAAAUGGACAAACGGAGCUGGCAAAUAAGCAGCAAGAUCAAGAGAAGGAGAAGCGCGAAGAGAACGGCAUACCGGUGGUGAAUAAAUACAAGGUGAACGUAAUGGCAAAUGCCGCCUGCGUCGAUCUGCUGGUCUGGGCUAUACGCGAUGAAACGGUUGAUGAGGAGUACAAUGUACCUUCAUUGCAGUUGGGUUUAAAAAUUUUAUUGAAGAAAGAGGCCGACAAGCUUUGCGGUCGACUGUCACAGAAGCUCAACUCUGUGCUGAGUCAUAAGAUUGUCUUAGACCACAUGCCAUUGCUGAUGGUUUGUCUCGAGGGUCUUGGCAAGUUAGCGCAAAAAUUCCCCAACAUUGCCGGCACAUCCAUAUCGUAUUUGCGCGACUUCCUUGUCGACCCAAGUCCUAUAUUGGCCAAACUGCAUGCUUAUUCGCAGCAAACGCUGGCGCUGCAGAAAAAGGAGAAGGAAAAGUUGGCGCCUUUCAAGAUCGUGGUGCAGAAUAGCGAAUCGCGUUCGACGGUGGAUAUUUAUGGUGAAAAUCAGAAACAUGCGGGCAUGCGCUCGGGUCAGGCAGCCUUCGAGGCAUUGCGCGAUGCGGCAAUUGAAAAUUUGAGCAUUGCAUUACGUUCUGCGCACACGUUGGAUCAGUACUGUGUGCCGGCUUUGGUGGCUAACCUCUCGAAUCGGUUGUUCACAGCAGAGAAACACGAAUCUGAAUCUACUUUGGUAAGCCUCAAUAUUAUUGUGAUGCUCGGUCAUGUUGCCGUUACGCUCAAGGACACUUCGAAAACCACGCAGAAUAUCUUGCAAUUCUUCAUUCAACGCUUCUGUAAGGUACCAUCCGAGCAGAAUGCGCUAAUCGUCGAUCAAUUGGGAUGCAUGAUUAUCUCUCAGUGUGAACCGCAUGUUUUUGAAGAGAUUAUGAAAAUGUUUUCGCGCAUCACAGUGCAGUCGGCAUCGUUGGCCUACACGUCGGAUCAGGAACAUCGCAAACAAUUCAAUAACGUGUCGGAUGCAGUGGUCAAUGCUUUGGGUAAUAUUGCUGCCAAUAUACAGGGUGACUCGGAGAUGCUCGAAUUAUUGGGCAAACUGCUCGAACUCUUUGUGCAGAUCGGUCUGGAGGGCGAGCGCUCCUAUGACAACAAUACACCAGGUGCGCAGAAGGCCAGCUCCAGUGCCGGCAAUUUAGGUAUGCUAAUACCAGUAAUUGCGGUGCUGGUGCGUCGCCUACCGCCGAUUAAGAAUCCACGUUUGCGUUUGCAUAAGCUAUUCAAGGAUUUCUGGGUGUAUUGUGUGGUCAUGGGCUUUACAAAUGCUCGUCUCUGGCCAGCCGAUUGGUAUCAAGGAGUGCAACAGAUUGCAGCCAAAUCGCCCUUACUCAUCUCGCAGACGACACACAAAUCCGACAUGCGUGAAUUGAACUAUACGUCGGCGAUUAAAAGCGAUUCGGUGAGUUUGAAUGAAUUACGUAGCCAAAUACUCCUCCUGCUGGAACAUCCAACGGCCGAUGUUACCGCUUCGAUCAACAAGUUGACCUUUGCGCAAUGCACUUAUCUCUUGAGUGUGUAUUGGUUGGAGACUUUGCGAGUGGAAAAUUCAGAAGAACCCAGUUUGGAGCCGAUUUUGAGCUAUCUUUGCGAUAAUGCGUUGCAAAAGGAUAAAUCUGGAAUUUGGCAAUGCGUGAAGUGUGUUGCCGAUCAAGUCUUUGAGAAAUUCCGCAAUGUGCUUUUCGCACAUGACGAGAUCCGCGAAAAGGUAUUGGAAUCACAGGCAAUGCUAUUGCUGGUCUACUUCAAUCACAUCCACAAGCAAAUCCAGUUGGUUGCCGAUCAGUAUCUAUCACAGUUAGUCGAUAAGUUUCCACAUUUGCUAUGGAAUCGUCGCGUGCUCUGGUGCAUGUUGGAUAUUCUGCAAUUGCUUGCAUUCUCGCUUACGCUCGACCCGAACGAAGAGACACCUACGCUGCGCGUCGUAUCUACGCCUUACACCUUGCAACUUAUGGACUCAUUGCCUGCACGCGAAAGCCGCCUGAAGGACUUUGCCGAUCGCUGUCAAGGUAUCGUUAAUGAAGCCAUGAAAUGGGCACCGCGUUCCACACGCUCGCACCUGCAAGAGUACCCCAAUCAGAUACCCACACAGGUACUGGCGCACCACAGUGGUCUAGCUUUGGCCUUCGAUUCGGUAGUCAGCAGCAAUACGUUGUAUCCAAAUGCUUUGCCAUCGAUUAGUAAGCGUCCAAAUUGCGUAAAUAGCAAUACGCCGCGCUUCGUGUCCGUGUUGUGUCUGCGCAGCAAAUACGCUGGUGAAAUUUCUGGCAUGUUGUCGGUGCUAAGUGAGGAAGAAAAGGCGGGCUUAGCUGACCGCUUAGUGAAGGAUGUAUGGGACGCGUGUGCGGAGAAGAGUGACGCAAGUCACCGUGGCGCCUUGUGGCGUGCCACCGCCUACUUGAUUAUCUGCUCCGAUGUGAACCGAAAGCUGUUGCAUGCAGUGGCCACCUCACAAGUUGAAUUAUUCACCGAAUAUGCCGUAGAAACGGCUGUGGAGUGCUGGCAGUGGGUGUUGACGGCACGCCAAGAUCUGGAGCUCUGCUUUAUCCAAGAGAUGGUUAGCGCUUGGCAAACGACUUUCGAAAAAAAGUUGGGCCUCUUCUCUGACGAGGUAGAGACCACCAUACCAUUAGCCGCCUACGACGGCUGUAAGCUGGUCUCUAAGCCCAUUCAAAUAGCGCCACAUCUCAUUUGGCUGCAGUUGCUCUCCGAAAUGGUGGACACCGCCAAGUAUUGUAAUCGCGACAAGGUGGAAAUGUUUUGUCUGCUGCUGCAUCGUUGUCUGCCUAUUUCGAAAAAUUCGAAACAGAAUCGCCAAGUAUCAACGGUCGGUUGUCGUUUUAAGCUUCUGCAAUGCGGUCUCUCGCUACUGCAAGGCAAUACAAUACCGCGUUCGCUGGCGCGCAACAUAUUACGUGAGCGCAUAUAUAGCAAUGCAUUGGACUAUUUCUGUGGUCCGCCCACAUGUCCCAACCAGAGUAAGGAGCAAUUGUUGGAUGACAUUCUGAUACUGUUGAAAUUCUGGCAGACGAUGCGCAGUGAGAAGAAACAUUUGGUCACCUCGGAGGUUGGCGAAUACGAUAUAACAGCGGUGGCGUCGACGCAAAUGCUCUCCGUGAAGCAGAAUGUGGAGACGGCGUCGCUAAUUAGUGCUGGUGAUGUUGCGCGUUCGAUGUCGACUGGUGGCACUGGCGGCUGGUACAACACAAUACCGCACUCCACAUCUACGCUAUCGAAACGAUCGAAUCGCUCGAAACGACUGCCGUAUCAAAAGGACUCGUACGACAAGGACUAUAUGAAGAAGCGUAAUUUGAUUUUGGAAUUACUGGCAGUCGAGCUGGAAUUCCUCAUAACAUGGUAUAAUCCGAUUAGUCUCCCUGACUUGGCCAUACCCGGUGAAGAGCAGGUGAAUGAAUGGCGUGCACGUCCCUCCAAACCCAACUUGUGGCGAGAUUACGCACGCCUUGCUUGGACCUACAACCCAGCUUUGGCCGUUUUUCUGCCGUUGCGAAUCAAAAGCGCCGAUUCUAUUGAAGAGGAGGUCUCUCGUUUGGUAUGCGCCGAUCCCAUCGCGGUUAGCCACAUUCCAGAGGCACUCAAGUAUUUGUGCAACACGAAGAAUCUGCUACACGAAAGUCCAGAUCUGGUUUAUAUACUUUCCUGGGCUCCUGUCAACCCCAUACAAGCACUUUCCUACUUCUCACGUCAAUACCCAUCACAUCCGCUCACCGCACAGUACGCCGUCAAGACGCUCAGCUCCUACCAAGCUGAAUCGGUAUUGCCGUAUAUUCCACAGUUGGUGCAGGCAUUGCGGCACGACACCAUGGGUUAUGUUGCAGAGUUCAUUAAGAACAUUUCGAAGCGUUCUCAAAUUGUGGCGCAUCAACUCAUAUGGAACAUGCAAACCAAUAUGUUUAUGGAUGAGGACCAACAGCAUAGGGAUCCAAAUUUGUUUGACUGUUUGGAGGCGUUGUCACAGAAUAUAAUUUCUUCUUUCUCUGGCGCUGCCAAACGUUUCUACGAGCGCGAAUUCGAUUUCUUCGGCAAGAUCACAGCAGUUUCGGGUGAAAUACGUUCCUUCCCGAAGGGUAUUGAACGUAAAAAUGCCUGCUUGGCGGCUCUGAAACGUAUACAAGUACAACCAGGCUGCUAUUUACCCUCGAAUCCGGAAGCUAUGGUGCUGGACAUUGACUAUAACAGCGGCACGCCCAUGCAGAGCGCUGCAAAAGCGCCAUACCUGGCUCGUUUCCGUGUCUAUCGCUGUGGCAUAACAGAGUUGGAGACACGCGCCAUGGAGGUGUCUAACAAUCCGAACUCGCAGGAAGACGCCAAGACGACGCUGGGCGUUGAGUCGUGGCAAGCGGCGAUUUUCAAAGUGGGAGAUGAUGUGCGUCAAGAUAUAUUAGCGCUACAGGUUAUAACAAUUUUCAAAAAUAUAUUCCAACAAGUCGGUUUAGAGCCGUUUCUCUUUCCAUAUCGCGUCGUGGCUACAGCGCCCGGUUGCGGUGUCAUUGAAUGUGUGCCAAAUGCUAAAUCACGUGAUCAACUUGGACGCCAAACCGACUCCGGGCUCUACGAGUAUUUCCUACAUCAAUACGGUGAUGAAAGCUCCAAAGAGUUUCAAGCAGCGCGUGCCAACUUUGUUAAAUCCAUGGCAGCAUACUCGCUAAUCGGUUACUUGCUACAGAUCAAAGAUCGGCAUAACGGCAAUAUUAUGAUUGACAAGGAUGGCCAUGUCAUACACAUCGAUUUCGGAUUUAUGUUCGAGUCCUCGCCCGGUGGAAAUAUUGGUUUCGAACCCGACAUGAAACUCACCGACGAAAUGGUUAUGAUUAUGGGUGGCAAGAUGGAAGCGCCUGCCUUCAAAUGGUUCUGUGAGUUGUGCGUGCAAGCCUUCCUCGCUGUGCGGCCCUAUCAGGAUGCGAUUGUUUCGCUGGUCUCGCUAAUGCUGGACACUGGUUUGCCCUGCUUCCGCGGUCAGACUAUAAAUUUGCUGAAGCAACGUUUUGUAGCAACCAAGAAUAAUAAGGAGGCUGCGGCGCAUAUGUUGGCGGUUAUUCGGAAUUCAUAUCAGAACUUCCGCACACGUACUUACGAUAUGAUACAGUAUUAUCAAAACCAGAUACCAUAUUAAACGACAGUGGAAUGGUGUGUGCGGUAGAAAGUGUAUGUAAGCGUGUCAGUUUAAAAAUGUAUGAAAAGUUAGGAAGGUGUUUCUCUCAUGUGUGUGCUCUCUACACUGUUAUUCGCUUAUUUUCACCUCUAAAAUUGUUGGAGAUUUUUUGCACUAAUUUGUUAUUUCUAGAUUUUAAGUGUACGACUAUUAAAAUGAUGCUAAUUUUUAGUGAUUUUUGUGUGAUCAAGAAUGUUUUGUUAAAUAUGAUAUAUUCUUGUUUCAAACUAAUAUUAAAACAGCAUAUGUCAUUGCAUGUAUUUGAAAAAUAAAUAAUUGUGGUGUUACUGCUUAGCAACAUGUUCAAAAAUUAUAAAA